UUAAACCCAAAGUCUCUCCUCCUCCUCCUCCUCCUCCUCCUCCUCAUUCUGUCUUGUCCUCUCUCUAAAACCAGCCGAAGCAGCCAUGGCGACAAUCUCAAUGGAUAUCGCAACAACCUUUGUAGGUUUAUUAAAAAGACAAACAUCAACCAUUCCUACUACAACCACUGCUUUCCCUCUUCUAUGGAGAAGAACCACCAAUCGUCUCAUUUCAUCUUCUUCUUCUCCUCUUCUUCGAACAUCAUCUUCAAACGUAUUACUCUCUAAUUCUCAUUUCAGGAAGAGAAGUAUUCGUAGAUUUAUUGCUUCUGCUACACAGGCUGAUACUUCAGAUGAUAGUGUUCUCACUAAGAUUCCUCCUGAUAAUCGAAUUCCUGCAACAAUUAUUACUGGAUUUUUAGGUUCUGGAAAGACAACUUUGCUGAAUCAUAUUCUGAAUGCUGAUCAUGGAAAGCGCAUAGCUGUAAUUGAGAACGAGUUUGGUGAAGUAGAUAUUGAUGGUUCCUUAGUUGCUUCAAAAACUACCGGAGCCGAGGAUAUAGUUAUGCUCAAUAAUGGUUGCCUUUGCUGCACUGUGAGGGGUGAUCUUGUUCGGAUGAUUGCAGAAUUAGUAUCGAAGAAGAAAGGGAAAUUCGAUCACAUUGUUAUAGAGACAACAGGCUUAGCGAAUCCAUCGCCAAUCAUCCAAACAUUUUAUGCUGAAGAUCAAGUUUUUGAUAAUGUCAAGCUGGACGGUGUUGUUACAUUAGUGGAUGCUAAACAUGCUGCUUUUCACCUGGAUGAGGUAAAGCCCAAGGGAGUAGUUAACGAGGCUGUGGAGCAAAUCGCUUAUGCAGACCGCAUUAUACUAAACAAGAUUGAUCUCGUGGAUGAGCCAGCGAUCGCUUCCUUGACCCAGCGGAUAAGGACUAUUAAUGGCAUGGCUAAUCUAAAGCAGACUAAGUUUGGACAAGUAAAUUUGGAUUAUGUUCUUGGGAUUGGAGGCUUUGACUUGGAGAGGAUUGAGAGUGCCGUGGACGUUAAAGAUUCAAAGGAAGAGCACCAUAGUCAUGACCAUGACCACGGCCACGAUCACCAUCAUCACGAACAUGAACAUAAGCACGAGCAUCACCACAAUCAUGAUCACACUCAUGAUCCUGGUGUUACUUCUGUCAGCAUUGUAUGUGAAGGUACCCUGGAUCUUGAGAAGGCAAAUAUGUGGUUGGGUACAUUGUUGAUGGAAAAAAGUGAUGAUAUAUAUCGUAUGAAAGGUCUUCUUUCAGUUGGUGGUAUGGAUGAGAGAUUCGUUUUCCAGGGGGUUCAUGACAUUUUCCAGGGCUCACCUGAUCGAUUAUGGGGGCCAGAGGAACAGAGAAUAAACAAAAUUGUGUUCAUUGGGAAGAACUUGGACUCACACGACCUGGAGAAGGGUUUCAAAGCUUGUUUACUGUGAUAAGUCAAUAUAGUCAUUACCUCGUGACAGCUUCCAUAAGGGUGCCAUUUUUAGCCCUUUGAUAUUUCAUCAUAGAUAUGUAUCAUCUCGAGGAUAUAUUUAGGAAUUAAAUUAGUUUGUUAUUAUUUUUUUUUUACAUCUCGAGGAUAUUACUCUUAUUUUCUGAUCAGGAUUCACGAAACAUGAACAAAAUAGCAUGAAAUAUCAUUGUAAACAAAAAAUGAAGAACCAUAGGGGAAGAGUUUGUUUUAAC